AUGCACGAAGUUCGAGGCGUUGUAGACGAGGAAAAGGGGUUCCGAACGGUGGAAACUCACCGAGCGGAUCGCUUCCUGAGGAAUGUUAAAAAUAGUGCGGAUUUUUGUACUUUUUUGCGCUUCAGCCGCUCGGAACCAUUGUCUUCACGCAGAGCGAACUCGGCCAGCUUCUGGAUCUCCAGGUGGGUACUGGGGAGAGCGCGAGAAGCGCCGAUGAAGCGUUUGGUCGUGCGGAGAAGCGUCUCAACGUCAUCGUUCGCAUCCACUUUGGGAGAAAGUUCAAACAGAGACUCCACUUCACUGGGAAGAGCGAGUCUGUGUAUCAGAUAA